AGGGAGAAGCAAUCCACUCAUUGUUUCCUUCCCACCCCCCUUCAUUUUCCCAUACUUCAAUUUCAAUUUUCCCGUUUUUAUUGCGCUUUUUGUUCUCCCAGUCUUUCUCUUUUAUUCACCAUUUUUAUACGUCCCUAGUAUCCCAUUGGCAGCUACUUCUAGCGGAUGGCGGAGGCGCUUUCCAUCUUCUACUUUCCAAGCGUGCCGCCCCCCGGAAAGAGACGAGCCGAAGGACCUCCAUAAAAAGAGACUUCUAGAUGAGCGCGAGCCGCACCUCUACCCAGCCCCAGCCCCUGGGGAUGGGUGACAAGAAGGCCGCCGGCGAGCUUGGGUCGGGCCACGUGCUCUUUUAUGCAAUGCAAAAGUAUCGUACUAGUAUAAAUUGCAUUACAAAUUCCCCCAGCAUUACAAAUUGAAUUUGUGAUGCUGAUUUACUUUGAGAAGGAGAUUUGUAAUGCAUAAAUGCAAUUACUACGAGUACGAUACUUUUGCACAGGAUAUCUUUGCGGGGAACACGAAACUCGCCUCCGCGAGCAAUAUCAAAUGUAAAAAUGUCUGGAUGUCUGGAAGAAUGCAACUUGUGAUGCUGAAUUUGGAUUCCAAAAAAAUCUGUAUUGCGUGAGCAGCAAAGGGAGUGCAAUUUUUGCUGCGCGGAGAGGGCAUUUGUCAUGCGGAAUAGGCAUCGCGAGGCCCUCAAAAAAUCUGUGAUGUUAGGGCAUGCAUCACAGACAUCAUGGCCCAGGCAAAACAUGCAUGACAAGUCUCAGAAUCUUCCAGACCCAGACAUUUUUACACUUGAUAAGCAAGCGGAAGAUGCAAAUAGCGGACACGGAGGAAAACGCGACGAAGUUAGAGGCGAGUCUGAACAGCCUUGAGUCGAUUGAAGAGCAAAAAGCCACCGCACAGGGCGCUCUGUCCCAGAAAAUGCUGCAAGCACUCGCCUCCUCCACCCCAGAAUCGGAUUUGCAGGUGGACGAGAAGACGCAGCGAGUCUCUCUGUCGAAAGCAGGCAUGCUCGUGGAUGCGGGGGAGAACUUCACGAAAAGCCUGUUACCUCCCGCUUGGUGCGAGGAAUGGGAGCUGAAUUUGCCGGAUUACCCGAGAAUAGACUUCCCGCAGAAAAAGACGGAUAAGUGGUCUCUGGACACGCUCCUCGCGAUGGUGCAGCACUUCAAAACCAAUCCGGCGCAACCCUUGCAUCCAUUGCUGAUCAUGCGAUUGCUGAACGACGCGGAGAUUGUGAUGAGCAAAAAGUACCACCACGCAAUACACCGGGCCACGAUUCCGAAGAAAUCCAUGGAACAGAAAGCGACGGACGACAACAAGGAGGGGUUGCUCAAAGGAGGUAUUUGGGAUAUUAAGUUCCUGAUGUGAUUAUAAUUUUCGAUUUAAUGCUGUGGGAAGCAUUUUGAUUUUUCAUCUAGGCUGAAUUUGAUAAAACAACACAAAAUUCUUGACAACUGCAUGUGUGUGACACAUUUCUUCUUGAUUGCACCAUAAAACUCGACGACAAAAACAGAUUUGAGCCAAUUCUCGCUCCUGAACAAGAAAGCCGUGGCCACCCCUGGGCGAACCAUCGUCGUCGGCGACACCCAUGGGCAAUUAGAAGACGUGCUUUGGAUCUUCUACAAAAACGGGCUGCCAAGUCCCAGCAACGCAUACCUAUUCAACGGCGAUAUCGCCGACCGUGGAUUCUACGCGACCGAGAUUUUCUCCAUGGUACUGGGGUUCAUGCUGCUGUAUCCGAAUUGUGUGGACAUGAACCGGGGAAACCACGAGGAUGAAACGAUCAAUUUAGACCCCCACUGCGGCGGGUUUUAUGAGGAAAACAUCCAGAAAUACGGCGGGAACAUUGGAUCCACGAUCUACGAAUCGUACUUAAAGAUCUACUCAAACCUACCGCUGGCGAGCGUUUUGGAGAAACGGGUUUUUAUCGUACAUGGAGGUUUAUCGCGGGUAACGGAGGGCAUGCUGAAAGUGCUGAGUGGCAUUGACCAUCACGUCUCCAGCACCCCCGAAUCCCCGGAUAACACGGCGGAUACGGUGUUUAUCGACGCCAUGUGGUCAGAUCCAAUGGAAGGGAAAGGUAUAGAGACAGUGAUUCUACUGUGAUUGAAUCUGUUUUCAGCUAGUAAAAAUUCGACUUGUUCGCAUGUGCGUGUGAAAACGAUCUGCAUCUGUAAUUACCUGUCUAAAGUACUACCUCGUCGAUGCGCGAAGUUUAGGAACUUCGUAUGAUUUAGAUUUUCAUUUGAAGUACCCAUAACCACGCAGGUAUCGUACCAUCGAAUCGGGGCCCUAGUCUCGUUCAAUUCGGCCCGGACGUCACCAUGAAGUUUCUGCGGCAAAACGGCUUCCACUUAGUCGUCCGGUCCCACCAGCCACCGUCCAACAAGGACGGCGUCUUUUUCCACCACGACGGGAGGCUGAUAACGGUUUUCUCUGCUAGUAACUACUGCGGCUGGUACGGAAACACAGGUGCGGUUCUGAUCUUCUCCCCAGGGAAGGGAGAUACGAAAGCGGCGUCGUUACCGACGAUCGAGAUUGUCCGUCAUUUUUCCCCCACGUUCGAUAUGCUCGCAAAUGCGGAAAUCACAACGAAUGAUUUGUUGGCGAUGGACCAGAUGCAAGCGAGAGCAAAAAACGCAACCAGCAUGGAGCACGCCGCGAUCAAAAAUAGUCGGCAGUCGCUGUCGCAGAGAAUGGACAAGCUCAUCUUCGAAGUAAAAACAAGGUUCGCAAGGAUUCUAGUGGAUAACAAGCAGGGCUUGUGGAAAUUCUGGCUCACGCACGAGAAAGAGGUAUGCAGCUUUUUAUCACAUUUGAGUUGUUUUUUAUGCACUUAGCAUGCUUGCUGCAAGAAAAUCAUCAAGAACAAACUAUAUAGCUCCACUACUUCUGUGGACAUCGUAGUAAAUACGCGACGCAUCCUCGCACAAAUUUCUUGACUCGAUGUCAUAGAAGAAAACUACGAACCAUACAAUUCAUCUACGUUCGAAAAAUCAAAAACCAAAACCACAGGGCGACUACAAUGAUAACCGAAGUAAGAGCGCGCCGCCGGGGCUGAUUACCUUUGACGCCUGGAAGGAGGGGAUUUCGUCUAUGGUUGGGACGAACGGAUCCGUUUUGGGCGGCAUCCCGUGGCAGCAAAUCAAGGAGAUCCUUUCUAUCGAGGACCCCCACACGAAACUCAUCGACUACCCACUGUCGCUCCAUCGGUUCCGGGUUGUUAUUCGGGACGAGAUCAAAUCCGAGACGCAAAUUCAGGACGUGCGGAAAUCGGUCACGACGCAAUCAUCCCUUUUCCCCAAGAAAACGGUGGAUGCAUCCGGGAACGUGAUGCGCCACACGAACUGGAUGGAGUCCAUUCUGGCAAGAUUGUUCGAGAUAUGCAUUGCAAAUAUGUGGUCUGCCUCUGGAAGGAUGCAACUUGUGAUGCUAAAUCCGAAUCAUGCAAAAAUCUGUGUUGCAUGAGUCCCAAAAGCUGACUCUUUUCGACCGAGUUCUUGCAAGGGAGUUUCUCAUGCAGGAUAGGCAUUUCAGAGACCUCACAGAGUCUGUCAUGCUAGGUUCCGCAUCAUGGAAAACCUGCAUCACAAGUUUGCACUCUUCCAGACCCAGACACUUUUGCACCUGAUACGAGACACUGUUGCUAGAAAACGUCCCUUGGCAGGACUUAGUCAAGCGGUUCGCGGCCCCCGGGUCCGCGCCCGCGUCGGCGGAGAGCGACGACGACGACAUUCCGGAAAUUGACAUGGACACGUUGCAGAAAGUGCUUUGUAGCCUGCAGAAACCAGGAAGCUCGGGGAGUAAGACAAACGCCCUGAUAACCAAGGAACAAGCCGGGUCGCUCAUAAGAACACUGACGGGGUACGGGGGAAGCAGGGUAAUAUUAAAGUCACUCCUUUGAUAACAUCACAAUGACCUUGAAUAUCACGACUACGGAAUGGAAAACGUCGUGACUUUUCUUUGCCUUCUUUGCCAGCACACAGUCCAAAAACGAAUUCUUUGCGCUUGUUCUACUUCUGGUGUUGUACUUGUUCUACCUAGUGGUCUAUAUGUUCCUCGCAUCAGAAAUUCAAAUUUACAUUGCGAAAAAAAACCUACACAAAAAAAACUCCUAUCACAGCAUUCCGUGACCAACCUGAAGCCCUCCUCCAUUUCCCUGCUCGAGUUCCUCUCCCGCCUAGAGGUCUGCUACACCGGGUAUAACGUGCAACGCGUCAGGCAGAAGGUCGAGGCCGGGAUCAAAGAGGGCCCGGACGCAGAACAGUCCAUCAUGAAUUUAAAGUUCGGCACCUCCGUCGUGGCAACUUCCCUGCGUUUAAUUGGCCAGGAGAUCUACGCGGAGUCCGAAGAUUCCCGGUCCGCGAGCAAGAGAACGCACAAAAUUUUCCAAGAAGCGGACAAGGACCAGGACGGGUUGUUGAGUAAGGCAGAAUUUCUCGACGUGGUGGACCAAUUACUGGCCCGGUUUAAAGAUUUUUUGCAGGAACAUUUUCUAUCCAGCAAAUCCAAAUACGCAACCUCCGGGGCGAAGAAGGCGGCAAAGUCGGAUUUACCCUUGUCCCUCCUCGAAGAUAUCUUCAAAGUGGUCGACGUAACGCGACAGGGGAAAGUUAGCUAUCUCGAAUUCCUCCACUGCUUCCAGCCCUCCGACCGGUCCGACGACACCGUCGGGCUGUCGAAGCUGGACGCGGAUUCUUCGAUUCCGCACUUGCGGCACCCGGCGGAGGAGAUCCGGGUGGCGUUGAUGGAGCAGAUCUGCGGAUUUCUGUACACGAACAAACAGGCGCUGCACAAAAUCUUUCUCUUCUUCGACAAAAAUAACUCCCACCUGAUCGAGAAAAAGAACUUCGUGAAGGCGGUGAAGUGUCUCAACGUGACCAUCAGUCUGAAAGCGCCACCGUUGACCAACGACCAGAUCGAGAUGCUCGCGGACCAUUGUGUCCUGAACACCGAGGAACAGAUAGACUACCUCCAGUUUCUGAACGCGCUGGUGAUCUGUGACAUGCGGACCGGGGAGAUGUUUGACUAGGGUCGUGACAGGUGGGAAACGGAACUUAUUUGUUGCUGUGGAGGUUCUCCUCCCAGCGCACUUCUAAAUUAGUGUCAGACCGCUCGUCGCCUAGUACGACCUAGGGUAGACCUAGUCUUAAGCUUGAGUUUUUACAAUUUUUAUAUACGCAAGUUUCGCGUGCUCCUGGCAGCACGGGGCUUCUAUUGUUUCUGAGUUUUUUUUGUCAUAGUCAUAGAUUACAUCACACAAGCCCAAGCAGCCACCUUGCUGGGUAGGUCAUUAGUUCACAAUCAUCAGCUUUAUGCAACCAUUGUAUUGUUCACCACGUAUCGGAAACAAACAGUUACUUUUCCUGCGGUAGGAGGUAGGUACUAGCCGCGUUUUUUUAUAGAUGCAACGUAUGUAUUGGCGACUUUUACAGGUACGUGUAAUAGAGGUGGCUAAUUACAGAGUUUCAGUACCUGGUUGCUGUUUGAAAAGCAUCAUUAUGCACAUACAUUUUUAGACGUAGGCUGUUGAUGUGUACUAGCUUUUCCAUCACCGAACGUUCUUCACAUGAUUUUUGGCCCUUGCGGCGACCCAACGCAACGAAAAAUGUUCGGAUCUUGAUCAAGACUUUUACACGGAGGCGGACCUACAGUCAUUUUUCCUGGUGCUUCUUAUUUCAGAAAAAUCGAAAACAGACCUACUGCUGUUGCAAGAGGAAUGCCGCUUUUACUUUUUCUCCUCGCCGCACUGAUCAUGCCUGCGAGAAAGAAGAAACUGAGGAAAUUGCCUAUGAUUCUUACUGUCGGUAGAUCAUCAAAAGGACAAAAUUCCCUGUGAAGAUUAUCACUGUCGG